CUGUGACCGCAGACAUGGACACAUGGCAAUUUAUGCUCUUUCUUAUUCUUAUUUCAGGAGUGGCGAGCUCUAAAGACCUGGGGACGCAGCAGUUCUUCGAUGGCUUUCCUGACGACGUCUGGGACUCGCUGGAGACUGAGGAUGUGAUAUCAAUUGUCAGCCAAUUUAUAGAAGAGUUAACAUCAUCGGACUCCCUCUCCUCCCGCGACCUGAACCCCGCGCUGCUGGAGACGGACGGCGAGCGCACGGUCGUGUUCUGCGAGGCGUGUCACUUGGGCGUGGGGCGCUUGAUCGACGCCUACGCCAAUGGCACGUCUUUGGACGUCAUCUUCAACCGCACGGUUGACUUGUGCAUUAAUCUCAACAUUUCAAGUCCCAUGUUCUGUGAAAAUAUGAUCGAAAUUUCCAAGCCUCAAGUCAGUUGGAUCAUCACACACAAGAACCUGACGGCCAAGGACGUGUGUGGCGUUAUUUUCGUGAGUCAAAAUUGCCAAUCCGACAACCCUGAGCGGGAGUGGCAAGUCGACCUGCCGUCGGACGUGAAACCACCACUAGUAAACACUCCCAUUGAUCCGGGAUCUCCGACAUUGAAAGUACUGCACCUGGCAGACACCCACUUCGACCCUUACUACAAGCCAGGUUCUAAUGCAGUGUGUGAUGAAAUCUUCUUUUGUUGCCGUGAAGAGAGUGGGCCCGUAAAAGCACCUGAGGAUUCGGCAGGCUUCUGGGGCGACUACCGAGCUUGUGACUUACCUAAAUGGACUGUCGAAGCCAUCUACGAGCACAUUCUCGCCGAGCACCCGGACAUUUCGUUCAUCAUCUGGACAGGCGACCUGGUGCCGCACGACGUCUGGAACACGUCCCGUGAGGGCAACCUAAACAUCAUCCGCGAGUCCGUGGCUACGGUGGCACAGUACUUCCCAUCCAUCCCAGUCUUCCCCGCUCUGGGGAAUCACGAGGCCGAUCCUCUCAAUGCAUUCUCUCAGCCAUACAUCGACAACGAGUUCAGCAUGGACUGGCUGUACGGCGAGGUGGCAAGCCUUUGGCAGACGUGGCUUCCGGAAGACGUAGCAACAACAAUUGCUUACUCCGGUUACUACAUUGUUGACGUAUUUCCAGACCUGCGCCUGCUGUCCAUAAAUACAAACUAUUGCUACGGGUACAACUGGUGGCUACUUUACGACUCCGUCGACCCUGGGGAGGUGCUUGAGUGGAUGGCUGGGGAGCUGCAGAGGGCUGAAGAUGAUGCGGUGUACGUGUACCUCAUCAGCCACAUCCCCUCUGGCCAUGACGACUGCCAUUACACUUGGAGCAGGGAAUACUCCAAGAUCGUGGCAAGAUAUGAAGGAGUGAUCGCUGGCAUCUUCUACGGCCACACACACAAGGAUCAUUUCCAAAUGUUCUUCGAUCCUGACGAUCCCUCCCGACCGAUUGAAGUUGGUUUUGUAGCUCAAAGCCAGACAACUUACUCGGACCUUAAUUCUGGAUACAAGAUAUACACCAUCGAUGGUGGCCAUGAAAACUCAACUUACACCGUCCUGGACCACGAGAACUGGUACUUUGACUUGGACAGAGCAAACUUUGAGAUGGUACCAACCUUCGAACUACUUUACUCUGCAAAGGAAGCUUAUAACAUGCCAGACUUGAGCCCGCAGUCGCACCUUGAUCUUAUCUACGAGAUGGCGCAGAACAACAGCGCUACAUUUGACCUCUUCUACAGGAACUACGUGAAGGCCGGCAGACCGAGGAUGGAAGAAGGCUGUGACGAGGACUGCAAGAGCGACCUGCUGUGCAGGCUGCUGGUGGCCGACACGUCAGACCGCUCCAUCUGCCGCCUCGUUCUCUAACCUACCUAAUAAUAAAAUUAAAAAUUAAAUUAAUU